AACUUUGUUGUUGGCAGUAUCAAUUGGUAGUCGCGUGGACAAAAUGAAUAUCAACCACAGUUCCAUGGUCCAGCUUUAUUUUUCGAACAUUGCUUUCUCCGUCCCCGUUCUUUUCUCUUAUCUUUAGCUGCUUUUUAUCUUCUCUGCAAAAUAAACAUUUUAACUACUCUUUAAUACAUUUUUAUUCAUCAAACAUAACCAUGGGCGGCGACGAUUUUCACAAGGGUGUCAAGGAAGCCCCCCACAAGCUCGACGGCUCAUCGCUCAAGAUACUCAUUGUCCACACGCGCUGGAAUCAUGAAAUAGUCGACCCCCUAGUACAGGGCGCCAUAUCUUCGCUGCAAAAGUACGGAGUCCAAACCUCCAACAUCACCGUCCGCGACGUCCCCGGCGCCUACGAGCUACCGGGCGCAGCCCAAAAGCUUAUCCGCCAGUCACAGCAGCAGUCUACCAACCUCGUCGCCAACAUUGUUGAAGAUCUCCUCUCGACAACCACCACCGGUAGCGGCUCUGGCCAGCACUCAUCGUCAAAAGGCAGCGGCAAGCAAGGCCCCUUUGACGCUGCCAUUUGCAUUGGUGUACUGAUCAAGGGAAGCACCAUGCAUUUCGAGUACAUUGCUGAUGCCGUUAGUCAUGGCAUCAUGCGUGUGGGUCUGGAUACUGGUGUGCCGACGGUGUUUGGCGUUCUGACUUGCUUGACUGACGAGCAGGCAAUGCAGAGAGCUGGAAUUGGCCGCGGCGAAGAUAAGGGUCAUAACCAUGGUGGUGACUGGGGAUCGGCUGCGGUUGAGAUGGCACUGCUCAAGAUUUGAAUAGGCUGACAUUAAGCGUGAACAAGGCAGCGGUUUAUUUUGUGCUGUUGCUGCUGUCGAAUGAUUAAAUCCCACGAGCUCUACUGGGUUUUUGGAGUUAUGUUGCUGUGUAUCUUGAUUAAUAAUAGUGCAUCUAAUCUGAUCUCCGAAAUCCUUUAAAGCCUAUAUGCAUAUAUUGCUGUAAAAUUUUUUUAAAAAAAUAAUAACGCAGAAACACAGUUGAACAUUAUAAAGGGUUUCU